UAGCGUGUAUGCAACGCCCGCUUGGGUUCCUCCCACUGAUCCGGGAGGACGCGCGCGAGGUUCCCAGCUCGAUUUGCCGCUAUCUGGGCCUUUCGGCGGCGACAACAGCAGGAAGACCCAAAAUGCAGGAUCCUAAUGCAGAUACAGAAUGGAAUGACAUCUUGCGUAAAAAAGGCAUCCUUCCUCCCAAAGAAAAGCUGAAAGAGCAAGAGCAGGCAGAAGAAGAAAGGGAGCAGCAGAUCCUCCAGCAACAAUCAGUUGUUAAGACCUAUGAAGAUAUGACUCUGGAGGAACUUGAAGAAAAUGAAGAUGAAUUCAAUGAGGAAGAUGAACGUGCUGUAGAAAUGUACAGGCAGCAGAGAAUAACUGAAUGGAAAGCAUCUCAAGCAAAGAAUAAAUUUGGACAGUUUUUGGAGAUUUCAGGACAGGAUUAUAUUCAGGAAAUUACAAAAGCUGGCAAAAACAUCUGGGUGAUACUACAUCUUUACAAGCAAGGUAUUCCUCUCUGUGCCUUGAUAAACCAACACUUAAGUGGACUUGCCAAGAAGUUCCAGGAUGUCAAGUUUGUCAAAGCUAUUUCUACAACUUGCAUACCCAACUAUCCUGAAAGAAACCUCCCCACAAUCUUUGUCUACCUGGAAGGUGACAUCAAGGCCCAAUUUAUUGGGCCACUGGUAUUUGGAGGCAUGAAUUUGACAAGAGAUGAAUUAGAAUGGAAAAUUUCUGAGUCAGGUGCCAUUAAGACAGACCUGGAAGAGAACCCCAGGAAACAAAUUCAAGACCAGCUGAUGACGUCCAUCAAGUGCUCUGUUCCAACAAAGAGAGAAGAAAGUGACUCAGAGGAGGAUUAAGACCCCACGUGCAGUUCUUAGCUGUGCCCAAUUACUCAGAAUUACUCUUCAAUGAAACCAGAGGAUUUAUUGCUAUAAAAUAAUGUGUUUUAUUUCAGCCUGACGAAUAUCAGUGGUAAUAUUCUUUCUUGAAAAAGAAACUUCAUUAUUCAUACAGGAAUAAAGUAAAAGCAAUUUUUAAAGUAGACAUACCAUUGAAGUCAUUUGUGAUGGAUAUUUACUAACAAAUGUGGUAUCUGCUUGUAUUCUUAUCAUUAACUAUAGUAUACUCUCCCCUCUGCUCCAGUGUCAUUUUAGGGCUGGAUAAAAAUUGUAUGAUACAUUUUGGAAGAGCUAUAUUGAUAACUGUAGGCCUAUAUUGAUCAGAUUAACCUGACCUGUUGUAGGUUAAUUUUAACACAAAGUUAUCUAAAUCAGUGUGUUUAUCUGCAUAUUUAUUUAAAAAUCUUGAAAUCAGAUCAAGUACAGGUAGCCCUCAACUUACAACUAUUCAUUUAGUUACUGUUUGGCAUUGAAAAAAGUGACUUAUGACCAG